ACUUUUUAGAGCGCAGGCGAAACUUGCAUAAACGCACCUACGCGGGUGGGAGAACACACACACACACACACACAGAGAGAGAGAGAGAGAGAGAGAGAGAGAGAGAGAGAGAGAGAGAGAGAGAGAGAGAGAGAGCCAUGCAUUCACUUAAGACAUGAACACUCGUGUGUUCAGGAAAAGACAAGCACAGCGAGGUACCCUAGCUGUCCCAGAGGCAGUGCCACCAGCUCGUGCGACACCCUCACCCCCACCCCACCAUGUGAGAUGGACGCUGAGUUUUUCUGCUGGAGGCUGAGGGAAAGGGGACGCCCUGAGACUGUCGGCGGGGGCGGGCGGGGUUUGUCGCACCAGGCGGUUCCUGCUUCCCUGCGUGCUGCCUGCAGGUGAAGACCCAGACGUAAACAGGCGUUGAACACGUGAUUGCUUCGCAGACCGGUGGGCAGUGCUCCCCAACUCCUGUCUAGGCAGGGACACCCCUCUCAUCCACCUCCCCGCUGGUCCUAGCUAGUUCGUUUCGCCCUGUACAAGGCAUUCCACAUUUCACCUGGAAUGGUGGUAAAUCCUCUCACCCAGAAUGGGAGCUCAACGCCCCUGGAGGCAUGGAUGGCCGGGAGGCCCGGAGAGAGUUGGGGUUAACUUGGGCUCCUUGCCUUGAAGCUCAUUAGCACGUUCUUGGAACCCAUAUCCUUGGAAAGGUAUCCCAGAGUGGAUCUUGAUGGCCCGGGACAGCUGCCCGGGUCUCAUACACCCAAUCCCAGGAGCAGCUGUCUAUAGGUCCUCUUCCUACCGCCACCUCCACCCCUUGCAGGACUGGGCACAAAUAGUCCACCUUUGCAAGAACAGUCUCCCCUCAUCCCUCCUCACGGGGAAUGCACAAAGAGUAAACCUUAAACCUAAGGGGAGUUUGCCUCCUCUAGUUGAAAGAAGAACCAGAAUGCCCUCUCAGAAAAUGAAAGAGGGGCUGCAGCCCUAGGCCUCUCUCCCCCUCCAGCCCCCACCCCUCACCCUGCCACACGCUGAGCCCAGCUGCUGCCUGAGCUUCUGGGCUGGAGGCCAGAAAGGGGAGGAGGCUCUCGGUGCCCCAGGAGGCAGGGAUCAGGGCAAGGCCAGAGGAGGGGGUUUCUGUUGGGGAGAGGGGUUCAGUCUGUUCAGUCUGAAGCUGAGGAGCUGGAGUGAACCUGAGGGUGGCUAGGCUGUGUUUUCCUUUCCAGGGAAAAAGAAAGAAAAACAACCCUUUCCAUGGAGCUAAAAAUAGAGCUGAGAGCCGGCCAGGCUGUGGCCUGGAAGGAGGGGGGAUGCUUCUUCCUGGGGCUGAGCCCAGCCCUGGCAGGCCUUGGCCCUGGAGGGUGGGGGGCAUCGAGGAAGGGAGGAUGACCUUGCCAGAAGAUGUGAAUGUCAGCUGACCUGACUAGGUCACAGAGACCCCUUCAGGGAAAGUGGGUGGUUUGUGAAUGUGAUGUAAGAAGUUGCCUGAGUGGCUGAAUACGGCUGUCAUUGCGUGGAAGAGAGUUGGGAGACUAAGUGUAUUUAAAGAAUGUGACUGGAUGCAAAGGACUGUUGUGCACUUUCACAUGCGCGAAACACCGAGUCUUCUGUUGCCCUGGAGGCCCCUGGCCAGGCCUGAACCUCUGCCACCAUGGCCAUUGUGCACACUCUGCCAGUGCCACUGGAGCCCGCACGUGAGACAGCCACUGCCCCACAAACUCCAGCAAUGGGCAGCGUGAGCAGUCUUAUCUCAGGCCGGCCCUGUCCUGGGGGACCUGCUCCUCAACGCCACCAUGGUGUCCCUGGGCCUACCUUCUUCCGCCAGCAGGAUGGGCUGCUCCGGGGUGGCUAUGAGGCCCAGGAACCACUCUGCCCAGCUGUGCCACCCAGGAAGACUGUCCCAGGCAACAGCUUUACCUAUGUCAAUGAGGACUUCCGGACAGAGUCACCUCCCAGCCCAAGCAGUGAUGUCGAAGAUCCCCGAGAACAUCAGGCACACAAUGCCCACCUCCGUGGGCCCCCACCAAAGCUCAUCCCUGUCUCUGGAAGGCUGGAGAAGAAUAUGGAGAAGAUCCUGAUCCGACCAACAGCCUUCAAGCCAGUGCUACCCAAACCUCGAGGGGCGCCAUCCCUACCUGGCUUCCUUGGUCCUCGAGCUGCUGGGCUAUCUGGGAGCCAGGGCAGCCUGACACAGCUGUUUGGGGGGCCAGCCUCUUCCUCCUCCUCUUCCUCUUCCUCCUCUGCUACUGACAAACCCUUGGCACUCAGCGGUUGGGCCAGUGGCUGCCCUUCAGGAACACUGUCAGACUCUGGCCGAAAUUCUUUAUCAAGCUUGCCCACCUACAGCACCGGAGGUGCCGAGCCAACUGCCAACUCCCCAGGUGGGCACCUGCCCUCCCACGGCCCUGGCCGAGGGCCACUGCCUGGUCCAGCCCGAGGGGUCCCUACUGGGCCCUCCCAUUCAGACAGUGGCCGGUCCUCCUCCAGCAAAAGCACAGGUUCCUUGGGGGCUCGUGUAGCUGGGGGGCUCUUGGGCAGUGGGGCCCGGGCCUCCCCUGGCAGCAGUUCGGGUGGAGACCGCUCCCCACCCCCUCCACCACCUCCACCCCCUUCGGAUGAGGCCUUGCUACACUGUGUCCUGGAAGGGAAGCUUCGAGACCGAGAGGCAGAGCUGCAGCAGCUGCGGGACAGUGUGGAUGAGAGUGAGGCCGCCGUGUGUCAGGCAUUCGGGGCACGGCAGCGGCGCUGGCCAGGAGAACGAGAGGACUGUGCCUCUCACGCACAGCAGGCCACACAGCGUGUCCAGCGGGCUCAACAGCUGCUACAACUGCAAGUGUUCCAGCUGCAGCAAGAGAAGCGCCAGUUGCAGGAUGACUUCGCCCAGCUGCUGCAGGAGCGAGAGCAGCUGGAGCGCCGCUGUGCUACUUUUGAAAGGGAGCAGCAGGAACUUGGGCCACGGCUAGAGGAGACCAAAUGGGAGGUGUGUCAGAAAUCAGGUGAGAUCUCCCUUCUGAAGCAGCAACUGAAGGAAUCUCAGGCAGAGCUGGUCCAGAAGGGUAGUGAGCUGGUGGCGCUGCGGGUGGCCCUUCGAGAGGCCCGGGCUGCCUUGCGGGUCAGUGAGGGCCGUGCCCGGGGCCUGCAGGAGGCAGCCCGAGCUCGGGAGCUGGAGCUGGAGGCCUGCUCACAGGAGCUACAGCGGUACCGCCAGGAGGCUGAGCAGCUCCGGGAGAAGGCUAGGCAUUUGGAUGCUGAAGCAGCAGGACUCCGGGAGCCCCCUGUACCCCCGGCUACCACCGACCCGUUCCUCCUGGCGGAGAGUGAUGAGGCUAAGGUGCAGCGGGCAGCCGCUGGGACAGGGGGUAGCCUGCGGGCUCAGGUGGAACGGUUGCGCCAAGAACUGCAGCGGGAGCAGCGGCGGGGAGAUGAACAACGGAACAGCUUUGAGGGGGAGCGGCUGGCCUGGCAGGCGGAGAAGGAACAGGUGAUCCGCUACCAGAAGCAGCUGCAGCACAACUAUGUCCAGAUGUACCGGCGUAACCGACAGCUGGAGCAGGAACUGCAGCAACUGAGCCUAGAGCUGGAGGCCCGGGAGCUUGCUGAUUUGGGCUUGUCGGAGCCGGCCCCUUGCAUCUGUCUGGAGGAGAUCACUGCCACUGAAAUCUAGGACUUUGCAAGGGGUGCGAGCCACCGCACCACCUGCACCGGGAUCCAUCGAGCAAGCGCUCCAGGUCUCAGAGCCAAAAGGCCUCUGCCGAGCAUUCGGGUGGCCCCAUAACUUGGAGAAGCAGAAUCAACCCCCCUGCAGUUCAGUGUCACUGUCACCCAGAGGCUCCUGCCUACGCUGCCAUUUCACUCCCCACCGCCGCCACUGCCAGUCCACUCCAGCUGGGAAAGGAAAGGGGGCUAACCUGUCCCCACAUUCUACCUGCCUGAAGCCAGAGAGAACCAGAUGGCACCAGCUGCCCCAGAUGUGCCUGCCCUCAAUAUGCCCACGUGGAGGGGCGGGACUAGGAAUGGGGCUGAUCCCCAUGUCCCAGCUCCGCAAGCCUCUUGUGGGCUGAGGGGGCUGAAGUCAGACCAAAGGAAGAACUCAGCAAUGUCUUGUUUAUUUGUGUUCGUGACCAAGCCGCCCUCCCUAGUUCCAGGGUUAUGGCCUCGUUCCCACUUGUAUAUUUUUCACACUGUAAAUUUCUUGUACAAACCCAAAGGGGAAAAAAAUUAAAAAAAAAAAGUUUUGUUAAAAAAAAA